CACUUGCUGCCAAAACUCAACUGUUAUUUUACAGAAACAGAGGCUGCAUCAAGAGAAUGGCUACCAAGGUAUCAAAUUUCUCGGAUCUGAUCCAACGAGUCACUGCGUCUUGUCUGCUCCACCCACUGGCGGGCAACCGCCCGGAUGAUAUCUCCGUCCAAAGGAGCGGCUCAGAUUCGGAUUCCGAAGAAGAAAGGUACGAAACCAAACAAGAACAAGAUGGGUUCGAUGAGGAAGAGGAGUCUAAAGAUUGGGAAGCGGCGAACAAGGAUGAACCCAGUAACGAGAGAAUACUGGAGAUGGAAAUGCUGAUGGGUGAAGUGUUCGACGCGGUAUCGGCCAUGAAGAGGGCAUACGUUAGUCUGCAGCAGUCGCACAGUCCUUGGGAUCCGGACAAAAUGCGCGUGGCUGACGUGGUGGUUGUGGCGGAAUUAAGGAAGCUGGGAGUGUUGAGGGAGAGGUUCAGGAGGACUGUGGGUGGUGAUGGUGGAGGAAGGGGGCGGUGGAGACUAGGGUCAUUGACUCUUAGAGAGGUGGUAGCACCGUACGAGGCGAGCUUGGAGGAGCUGAACAAAGAAGUGAAAGCCAAGCAAGUUGAGGUCGACAACUUGAGGGAGAAGCUCAAAACGGCGACGUCUUUCAACAGUAGCGGUGGAAGGUCAAAGGGAAAGUCAAAGAGAAGAGUCAGCUGCACUGCUCAAGUUGCAGCAGCACCAGCACCAGCACCUGAGCAAUUUGAAGCGACGAUGAAUUUAGUAACAGAGGCCUCGAAAUCCUUCACUUCCCUGCUUCUCUCGCUUAUGCGCUCUGCCCACUGGGACAUUGCAGCUGCUGUAAGAUCCAUUGAAGCAGCAUCCUCUAAUGCCACUGCGUCCGCAGACUCGGUAGUUGGGAAGAACCACUCAAAGUACGCAUUGGAAUCCUAUGUGAAUCGAAAAAUCUUUCAGGGAUUUGACCACGAGACAUUCUAUAUGGAUGGCAGCCUCUCCUCGUUGCUCCACCCCGAUCAGCACCGCAGAGACUGCUUCACCCAGUAUCGCGACAUGAAAGCCAUGGACCCUGUUGAACUCCUCAGCAUUUUGCCUACUUGCAGCUUUGGGAAAUUUUGUUUCAAGAAGUACCUUGCAAUUGUGCACCCGAAGAUGGAGGAGUCCUUGUUUGGGGACUUGGAGCAAAGACGCCAAGUGCUAGACGGGCACCACCCAAGGAGUCAGUUCUAUAGCGAGUUUCUGGGGUUCUCAAAGGCAGUUUGGCUUCUACAUUUGCUUGCUUUCUCGUUGGACCCACUGCCUAGUCAUUUUGAGGCGAAUCCCGGGGCUGAGUUUCAUUCUCAGUACAUGGAGAGUGUGUCAAAGAUUUCUUGUAACAAUGGUGCAGGGAAUGCCUAUGCAUCAAUGGUUGUCAGUUUUCCUGUAAGUCCAGGAUUUAAACUUGGGAAUGGAUCCAUCAUUAAGGCCAGGGUUUAUCUAGUACCAAAAAAUGGAUUCUAAGCAAUGAAGUCUGUAGCUUAGUUUAGGUUGACAAUCUCUUCUGGUUUUAAAACUUUUGUUUAAUGAAUCAUGGUGGGGUUAGAUUAUUGUUUCACCUGGUUUUAA